ACGGAACAAGGGCAUGGCCGGAAGUGGCGAGGUCGAGGAGGGCGGAAGCACUUCUGCCUCGCGAUCGGUUGUGGUUUCCCGGCUGGAGAAGCGCGGGAAUUUCGAUUCCUAGACUAGGAAGCGCAUAGAAGCAAUUCCACAAAGGGGUGGCUGUCCCGAUUUCCUGUGGGAUUUCCUCCAUCUUGUACAGAGAACCAAUGACAACUGUUGUCCCAUACUGAUACAGGUGCUUCAGUGUACAGGAGACAUCAAGGAUAUUACGGAUUAGCUGUGGUUAACUAUCCAGGAUACCAUAGAGGAGGAACAUGUAGAGCUGUCUAGUCAGUGCAUUUCUACAUCACAUGUCCUUACCUCUCCUAGGUAGUGGUGGAGCUAAUCCAUGGAAUCCUGAAUCUUCUGCAUACCCUCCAAGAGACUUAUUUAUGUUAGGUUUCUAUAAAAUGGACAAAGCUGCAGGUGACUUAAAACUGGCUCUUCAAAAUGACUGUGAAUCCCUGCAGAUACAUGUAGAGGUUCAUCAGAAAUCAGUCAGCACUGCAAAGAAAGAAGAUAUCAAACUGAGCGUCUUAAAACUACUAGACAGGCAUACUGUGGUCUUCGGUGAUUACAAGUGGACUGAAUUUGAUGAUCAUUUCUUAACAAAUAACGUGCAGUCCAUUGCAGUUGUAGAUACAGAUCUAAAGCUGAAAGAAAGACAGCCUAUUAACCUGAGUAAGUGUAGCCUUUCAAUUCAUAUUUUUCAUCUCAAUGAAGAAGGACCCAGUGCUGAAAAUCUGGAGGCAGAGGAUGAGGCUAUUGUUGCGGCUAAUCACUGGGUGUUGCCUACAGUUGAAUUCCAUGGUCUAUGGGAGAGCCUUAUUUAUGAUGCUGAGAUAAAAUCAGAUCUAUUAGAUUAUGUGACUACAACAUUACUAUUCUCUGACAGAAAUGUCAACAGCAACUUGAUAUCAUGGAACAGAGUUGUUCUACUGCAUGGUCCUCCAGGAACUGGCAAAACUUCACUAUGCAAGGCACUGGCUCAGAAGCUGACUAUUAGACUUUCACAUAGAUAUCGUUAUGGACAGCUGAUAGAAAUAAAUAGUCAUAGUCUCUUCUCAAAGUGGUUUUCUGAGAGUGGCAAACUUGUUACCAAAAUGUUCCAGAAGAUUCAAGAGUUAAUUGAUGACAAAGAUGCCCUUGUAUUUGUAUUGAUCGAUGAGGUGGAAAGUCUCACAGCAGCUCGUAGCUCUUUCCGGGCAGGUACAGAACCUUCUGAUGCCAUCCGGGUUGUAAAUGCAGUAUUGACACAAAUUGAUCAGAUCAAAAGGAAUCCUAAUGUGGUUAUCUUGACUACUUCAAAUAUCACGGAGAAAAUUGACAUGGCCUUUGUAGACAGAGCAGAUAUCAAGCAAUACAUUGGCCCUCCUUCUGCUGCAGCAGUGUUCAAAAUAUAUCUUUCCUGCUUGGAAGAACUAAUGAAGUGCCAGAUAAUAUAUCCUCGACAGCAGCUGUUGACACUCCGUGAGCUAGAGAUGAUUGGUUAUUUAGAAAACGAUGUGUCAAAACUGAGUCUCAUAUUGAGAGAAAUUUCAAGGAAAAGUGAAGGGCUUAGCGGUCGUGUUCUAAGGAAACUUCCUUUUCUAGCCCAUGCGCUUUACAUUCAGUCACCUAACGUUACAAUGACAGCUUUCCUUCAAGCCCUGUCGCUUGUGGUGGACAAGCAAUUUGAAGAAAGAGCAAAACUUUCAGACUGUGUUUGACAUCCUCAUUCCACUUCUAAUGCUUUAUUGCGUAUAAUACUUCCUUUAGUUACAUUGAUGUAUUGUCCUUCUGCAUGAUCAUUAGGACUUAAGAACCUAUAAAUAGAUAAGGAAAAUUUGGGUAAUGUAUAUUUUUUCAAAUGUUUUCCAAGUGUAAUUUAGGCAUAAAGACUGUAUACAUUCAAGAGCUUUACUUCAUAUGAGUUAUAAAAAUGCAUUAAAA